AUGUUCAGGAGUAAUUAUCAGGGUGGAGCUGUGGUUGAGGUCUUCAGUGGACAGGGGAAAGACCCUGUAGCAAAGUGGAAACUCUGCGGAGGGCCGUCUUCCAUACACAAGGAGUAUAAUAAAGAAGUCAAAGGAUUUGUGUACUGUCUGGAAGGUAGCAGCCAGACAAUCAAGAUGCAGAUGCCAGAAAAUGGGAAAAUGUCUCUUGGGCUUCUGCAAAGAUUCUUGGUCCUUCAAGUGAAUAUUCCUCAGUGCAAAGAUUUUUCCGUUGAGCUUGUGAUAACUGAUGUAGAGCACCUGAAAAGAAGACUUCACUUAUCAACAGUGCAUAAAGAAGUGUCUGCCACUCUUUUGCAUGCAAAGAUACCCUUUGUAGGAUUGAAACGUAAUAUUUGGUCUGCUUUGUGCAUCGACCUUGUAUCAUUCACCGGUGAACUGUUCAAGGGAUUUUUGACAUUGGAUGUCAUCACUUUAUUCGCUACCUGUAAAGUCCGCAGAAUCUUCACCAUGAAAACAGAGCCUGCAGGAAUGUCAGAUGAUGAUGUGUUUCUCAGUGGAGCUGGCCUCAUGGACUCGAUCCCUCGCAGUUGCCAGUUCCCACCAGAUGUCAACCAUGUCACUCAGGUGUUGAACAUGAAGAAUUUGCAGAAGGCAGAUAUGAGGGCUGAAUUGUCGAGCUCUGACUGUGUUUCUGAUGAGUCUGCCACUGCCAGAUCAAGCAGUUAUCGAAGAACCAGGCCCCAGGGUGUUUUACACACAGCCUCAGGCUCCAGAGUGUCAGGACCACCCACUCAAAUUGGAAGAAAAAGCAAUGCAGCCUCAGAUGGAAUGGAUAUAAAUAUACUCUUGAACUCUAAUAUGGGAUCCUCGUCCAGUCGAUUGAACCAAAAAGUUAGUGGAGAAAAUCAGAGCAUUGCCAACUUGAGUAAGAACUUAUCACAAGGAGAACCCUCCCACAUUGUUCUUAAGGGAACACCUGGCAGUUUACAGCCCCAUCCCCCAGAAGACAGAGUGUUUGACAAGCUGGGAUCUAAGAAGCUACGGGUCUGCGGUGCUGGGAGAGAGAGGCUAUCAUCGUCGGAUGCUGUAUCUGGUGGCCACAGAAAGAGAAGUAAAACCAGGCAGAAAUACACUCCUCCAUCCAGUAAGCAAGAGAGCAGGCAACAGCCUCUGACUCUAACAGAAAGGACACAUCACCUAACAGGAGAUGAGUGUAGCUGCAGUCCUGUCAGGGAAAGUUCAGGAGCUUCUCCCACAACAGCAGAGUCUGUCUCCUGCUCUGCCUGGCCAGGUUUGUCUUGUGACCUGCAAGGCUGCGGCAGCUGGGAGAGUAAUGAAGGGUCCGAGCCCCAGCUCACUCUGCAAGAGGAGGUGUUCACUUUCUUAUCCCAGCCACACUCACCCAAGCGAGGGCAAGGCCGGGGUGACCAGGAGAAGAUGGAGAUGGGAAAUCAUCAGGUUCAGAGCAAAAGUGGGAGGCGGCAUGAGGCCCUGCCUGAAGAUGACUUUAUCGGAAGUGAAAGUGAUGAGGAUAAUAGCUGUACCAUUUUCCAGCAUCAAAGGAAAAUUGAUGACUCCAACCCUGCUACUCCCACAUCUCCCUGUCCAGCUUUGGAUGUGCAACUUGAAGUCCAUCCCGAGUCUCAUAACACGGACCAAACAGCACCAAAGGAGUUCAGUCCAGCUCCGACACGCUGCCUAUCGCCCAGUGUGACAUCCAGCAGACAGGAACACAAGUGUGGCCCGCCUGGAUCAGGGGUAGUGAACCAGGUUGUUAAUGGGAACAGCGGUGUAUCACUUUCUAGGAGACUUCUGCAAGAAGUCAAAUUGGAUGACUUCACACAGCACGAGGUACUGCUUAUAUCCGAAGAGGAAAACAGCACACUGAAGCCUGUUGAUUCCAGCGAUCACAACUUACACUCGCUUGGCAGUCUACAUGUGCAUGGGGAUGAUGAUGAGGAGCUUCGAAUGCUGGCGAGUCUAAAAAGGGAGCAGGAGGAAGAUGAGCGUAGAGCCUCAGGCCUCAGUACAUCUCAGAUCCUCCAGUGUAACGUCAGCAUCAGCAUGAGCAGCGACGACACCUCUACCUGGACCCACAUCUCCAUGCCAGCCAAUCAGGGUCACCACUACCAGAAGGAAAUGAACCCCCUCUUGCAAUCAAACCCCAGGGAGUGGAUGGAUGUGCUCAGCCCUCCUAUUAUGCCUCCCAGCCAGCAGAGAAGGUCAGGCAACACAUGGAACAAUCAGGAAAAUCUAAUCGGAGGACGGGAUGAGCCUGUGAAUGAAGAGGAGAAUGAGGACGAUUAUUUGAAUCUGCUCUAUGAUCCUUGCCUGAACUGCUAUUUUGAUCCAAAGACAGGGAAGUACUACGAACUAGCUUGA